AUCAAGUGUGCUUGUUGACCAGCUGUAAAUUUUUCAGUCUUGGAUGAUAGACUUUCUCAAGAAAAGAACACACCCACCCACACAAGCACACAAUCACACUCAUGAAAAACUGAAAAAAAAAAAAAACUCAAGCAGAUUAACAUGUGAAAUCAGCCGAAGAGGGACCUCAAACAUGUUGUAAAAGACUCAUGACAAACAGAUAAACAUGUAAAUGGCCAGUCUCACUCCACAAGAAACACCCAACAUGAACACAUCAGACCAACAACAACCAACAACACACAACCCAAACGACUACUAUCAUCAACAAAAACCACCAGAAAACAUGGCUAAUAACCAGGAACAACAACAACAACCGAUCGACCCAGAAUCCAGCGGCGAGUUUCUCCAGAGGGUCGGAAAGAUGCCUCUGUUCAGCGGGGUAGUCAGGGCCUACGAACGAGGGAAAGGGACGAGCAAAGUAGUCCGAUAUGGUGCCGAUCUGGUCGAGUCUUCCGUCACCUCUCUCUCCGGAAGGGUGGCCUCCAAGGUCGGUCCCGAGCGGAUUGCCCAGAUCGAUCGCUAUGCCGGCGCCGCCUUGGACCGGCUCGGCCAAUUCAGUCACUCCCAAUCCCCCGCCACUUCUCCGCCCUGCCAGCAUUGUCACUCGCUCCGACUCCUCGACACUCGAUCUUCACCUCAAGAGCAAGAGCUGCAUCGGUCGAUCGACCAGCCCGGGAUCAUCUUUCCCGCGCCUCCUGAUCAUCCUCAUCCUCAUCAGCAUGAGCUUGGAACACACGAUGGCUUCGAUACUCCAACAAUCACCACAUCCUUCACCCCUCACACCCACCUCCAUCCUUCUCACCAGCUUUACCCACAGCAGAGCCUCGAGGAACAUGACGGCUCAGAACCGCCAACCCCCGCCGCCUCCCCCGGCGGCAGACUCGUCUAUCUCACCCCGCGCAACAGCUUGAGUCGUUGGCAAAAUAUGUUGGUCGAGGCCGGCGUCACCGCCGGCGGGAUCGGCGCAGCCGUCAGUGAGGAAAGCAUGAAGAGUCUGCAGUAUUGUCUUCAAUGGCUUCAUUAUGCAACGGUUCAUUUGGACCACCAAAUCACCGUCUUACGGGACUUGAUCCAGACGAUGAACGAGGGAGUCUCGAUGGUGGGCGGUGAUCGGAGGGAGUCCGCGCAGGCGGGAGGAGGGGAGCUAGAAGAGGAAAGAGAGGAGAGCAACCAACAGAUGGUCAUCUCGGCACAGACGGCGGGCAGCCUGGCGGGGAUCAAGACGGAGGUGGUGGAGACGAUCCGGAAGGUGGUGGCGGUGGUGUCGAAGUAUGCCGGCGUGGGCUUGCCCGAGCCGGCCAAGCAGUUCGUUCGGACCAGCAUCCUCGGCCUGCCUCUCCGUUGGGCAGAGGCUAUCCAGCCCUCUCCCUCUACUGCUGCCUCUACAUCCAUUCCCCCUGGCUAUUCAGCUGGCCCUGUCGACAGGAUCUCGAACCCCAAGACCGCAACUCUCCUCGCGGCUGGAAGGGUGCUCACGUUUGCCGUCGAAAGCCUCGACAUGCUCAAGUCUAUUACCGCUAUCUUCUCCGAAAGCGUCGAGCGGGCUGAUGCUUGGGUUGAGCGACUGCGAUUGAUCGGGAUCCAGCAUCGACACGAGCAGGCAAAGAACAAGCGAGACGGACGGGUUGUAUCUUCAGGAGAGCUUGGCCUCGGAGGACGGGAGGGCUCGAUGAUCGGGAUAGCAGCAGGAGGCGGAGGCGGAAUGGGACGGGUGUCGAGGAUGGAAGUGGAUUCGAGCGAGGGAUGCGGCGCGAUUGGUGGGCCAAGCAGCGAGACGGGUCGAGGGACGACCCAAGGCGGGCUGGUCCGGAGCCGGUGUUCGUCGACCUCGACGAUGGACGAGAGUGCGCGGAGCUUGAGCUCGAGCAUGAUGAGCGGAUGGGAACGCUCCACCGUCGGCUCGGCCAACACCUCUUCGUCGACCACUCUGGCCGGCGGCACAGCCGGAUCCUCCUCUUGUUGCGCUCUCCCCUUCUCCGCGAAUGGGGUCAUCAAGACCCCGGCCUCGGCUGAUCGGACUACCGCUAAACGCAGGAAGGCUAAUACUCCCCCUCCUCCUCAGCCCACAUUUCCAUUGGGCUCUUCCCUUUCACAGAUCUUGCGCGAUGAUCAUCAUCUCUUCAUCCAUCCUCAGCAGCAACAGCAACAGCAACACCACCACCACCAGCAGCAGCAGCCUAGGUUCCUUAAUCCUUCGUGCCCUUCCCCGUCUAGUUCUUUGCAUAAACUGCUCCUCGAUCAGGACCAGGUCUCCGCUUUCGACCUCGUCCAUCGCUGGGCUCAUGUCGAUCACCUCGCCCCUCCUCCUCCUCCUCCUCAUAAUCCUCACCUUGGCACUCAUGACUCUCAUGAUCUUGAUUCUCAUCCUUUGCCUACUGAUGGUAGCAACAUUGGUCCUCUUCAAUGAUCGACUCUCUUCCUCGACUCAUCUUCUCUUUUCUUAUCUUAUGGGCUCUCUUUCUCUCUCUUCACCUUCUUCUUCUUUUUGUUUCUUUCUUUACUCACAUAUUACGCGCUUUCGUUCCGGUCAUGUAGCAUUGGUAUAUAUAGCUCAUUCAAGUCUCAGAUCCAACUCUCUUAUCCUGAUGGUUUCGAAAUUCCGUCGAUCAAGCAAUUCGCGGUCGGCUUCGGUUUCUUGUCAUCAUCCCUAUCUACACAUUUAUAUCUAUGUAUCUAUGUUGUUGAAUUAUGUGUUUCCGCAUCAUCAUGUUGACCAUUUACCCUGUUCAUAUACAUAUGUAUGUAUGUGUCCACUAUGGACAUGUCCUCUCUCUCUCUCUCUCUCUCUCACUCUUACUCCCACAUCUUAUCUUUCCUUCUCCUGUUCACGCUCGUUCAAAGAUCCUUAUCUUGCUGCUAUUCUCAUGCGUGUUGGUGAUCGUGCGUUGUACUGCUGAUAGCUUUGGUGGCCUACUUUCCUCCCCUUCUCGACCAGCUCCUCCGUUUCGUUGUUCUCGCUUUGGGGCUGAAAUGUGUGUAUUAUUAGUGGUCUUUCUUUGCUGUUGUUUGGUGUUUGUUGUUGUGUAUUUGUUUUUGUUUUUGCACGUCGUCGAUCUCGUUUGCUUUUCUUUCUUGUGUUGUUGUUGCUGAUGAUCUGAUCACAGCCCACCUACCUCACAUACACACACACACGUAUACAUAUAUAACCCUCUUUUCAUGUGUAUAUCUACCUCAAUAACUUAGCUUCUGAGCAGAAUUGAAUGCGGGCGAGAUGCCUAUGUAAAUUAUCUUACAUCAGUGUUGGUGGUCUCUUGAUACAAUAUAUCAUCUUAGUCCCAGAGAGAAAGGAGCUCGC